GUUGGGAAAGAGCGCUGAGGGGCGGGCGGGCGGCGGCCGGACCUCGGCGAAGCUCGUGGGACCCCAUUGGGGGAAUUUGAUCCAAGGAAGCCGUGAGAUUGCUGGGGGAGGAGAAGCUUCCAGAUCCGUGUGUCCACUUCCCUGGGGGAGGAGGAGACAGCGGAGCGAGCCUCUCGGCGUCCACAGCGCUGCUGCACUCUGCCCCAGCCCGCCGGGAUCAUGGUCUGUGGCGGCCAGGGAGGGAUGGGGCUGCUGCGCGCCGGGCUGCUGGCCCUGGCUUGGCUCUGCCUGCUCCGGGUGCCCGCAGCCGGCGCUGCAGCCUGCGAGCCCGUGCGCAUCCCCCUGUGCAAGUCCCUGCCCUGGAACAUGACCAAGAUGCCCAACCACCUGCACCACAGCACCCAGGCUAACGCCAUCCUGGCUAUCGAGCAGUUCGAAGGUCUGCUGGGCACCCACUGCAGCCCCGAUCUGCUCUUCUUCCUCUGUGCCAUGUACGCGCCCAUCUGCACCAUUGACUUCCAGCACGAGCCCAUCAAACCCUGCAAGUCUGUGUGCGAGCGGGCCCGGCAGGGCUGCGAGCCCAUUCUCAUCAAGUACCGCCACUCCUGGCCGGAGAGUCUGGCCUGCGACGAGCUGCCGGUGUACGACCGCGGCGUGUGCAUCUCUCCCGAGGCCAUCGUCACUGCGGACGGAGCCGAUUUUCCUAUGGAUUCUAGUAAUGGAAACUGUAGAGGGGCAAGCGGUGAGCGCUGUAAAUGUAAGCCUAUUAGAGCUACACAGAAGACCUAUUUCCGGAACAAUUACAACUAUGUCAUUCGGGCUAAAGUCAAAGAGGUCAAGACUAAGUGCCAUGAUGUGACUGCAGUCGUGGAAGUGAAGGAGAUUCUAAAGUCUUCUCUGGUAAACAUUCCAAGGGAUACCGUCAACCUCUACACCAGCUCUGGCUGCCUGUGCCCUCCACUUAAUGUUAAUGAGGAAUAUAUCAUCAUGGGCUAUGAAGAUGAGGAACGUUCCAGAUUACUCUUGGUGGAAGGCUCUAUAGCCGAGAAAUGGAAGGACCGACUUGGUAAAAAAGUUAAGCGCUGGGAUAUGAAGCUCCGUCAUCUUGGACUGAGUAAAAGCGAUUCUAGCAUCAGUGAUUCCACUCAGAGUCAGAAGUCUGGCAGGAACUCUAACCCCCGACAAGCACGCAACUAAAUCCUGAAAGGCAAAAAAUAACAUCAGUGAACUUCCUAUGAAGACUUGGCAUUGCUGGACCAGCAAAGGAAAAUUGCACUAUUGCACAUCAUAUUCUAUUGUUUACUACAAAAAUCAUGUGGUCACUGAUACUACUUCUAUUUUCUCUCAUGUUUUCUGCUUUUCUCUCCUUCCCCCACCCCCUUUUAAUGGUGUGGGGGCAGAUCCUUCAAUAUAUGUUUUCUAUUUCACUAAUCAUAGGAACCUGUUCUUUUGCAUUAAUAAUAAAUUAAACAUGUUGAUACUAAGGUCUCUUGGAGUCCCCCAGAUGUUAAUUUACUAUUUUGUGCCCAGAUAGGGAAUACGGCAUUGGGUGCACAGAGAGAUUUCUGGUCUACAGGGACAAGGUAGCUGUGCUGUGAAAUAUACUCUGCUGUCUAAUUACAGCCCCAUUGUUGCGUGCCUUUUGGGUUUCUCCUCGGGCAUAGAAGGUUCUAAAUGUUUAUAAAGCUAAAAUGGCAGUUUGAAAUCAAAUGCCAUGCAGCGGAGCAAUCAAGCACCAGGAAGCAUUUAUCAGGAAACGACACACAAGAUGAAUUAUUUUCAAGAUUGGCAGGAAGCAAAAUAAAUAGUGGUAGAAGCUGGGGAGAGAACGUUUUGCCUGAUGGAGAAGCAUAAUCGAAACCGGUAGCCAUUGGGGUGAUAACAGGAGCAUUCUUCUUUUGGCAAUAUACUUGAUUUGUUCCUGAAUAUAUUAAUCCACAUUUAGGAAGUGAAUGAUAAGUAGACAUCUGCUGUUAUCAUCAUAGUUCUCUUUAAUUUUGCUUCCUUUAAAAUAAACUCAUUGGUGGAAGUC